AUGGAGAAGAGACCCCCCGCCUGCCCCAGGCAGGCCUGGAUGGAAGAUAGCUCUUCCCAGGAGAGCUGCUCUCCAGAUCUGCAGCUUCCAUCCUCCUGCGAGGUGACCACCAUGCAGCCCCUCAAGCUCGAUGCCAGCUGGUUGCCCAUCUACGAGGAGGAGCAGGAAGCUGUUGAUUCCAUCCUGGCCUUUGUCACCAGCCCCAACAAGGAGGAGAGAGACAAGGCCACAUUUCUUCGGAGCAUCUCCGUGCUGUGCAGAAGCGCCUUGAGCCACGGCCUGACCCAAGGCCUGGAUCUGUUCUGUGACAUGUACCAGCUGGCAGAGAACAUCAAGGCGCUGCUGGAAGAAGAGCCAAGGGACCAGCUGUGUACAGACCUUCGGCAUCUUUCCAUGCUGGCUCUGGAGAAAUUGAGCUUGGUGGACACAGCACUGGAGGGCAAAGCCAAAAGCCUCCUCCGCACGUGUUUCUCAAGUGUCUUCUGGCUGCCUGCAGAGAAGGAAAUGCCAAAAGCAGACCUUGCCCUCUAUAUCAAGACCCUGAACUCCAUGGACAGCAUGCUGAGGACAAUGGUGCUCAGCUUUCCGGCCUCUCGAGUCAGCAAGGAGCUGCAGGGCAUCUUGGAGCUGCUGCUGGACUUCACCAGAUGCGAGAGAGAGGCUGUGAGGGAGAGGGCCAUGGCAAGGAUCGAUGUGCUGGCCCGUGUGCUGUCUGACUAUUCCACUCUGCAGGCCAAUGCCAACGUCAGAAGAGGCACUGCUGGACCUGUCUGCUCUGGGGAGAUCCAGCUCCCGCUCCUAGGAAAGCUGCUGGGGCGUCUCAUCCUUUUCCGGUUCUCCGAGGAGCAGACAAGCUGUGCAGCUUUCCAUGCUCUUUUUGCCCUGGCUGAGUUCAUCUUCGAAUCCAGGCUAAAGGACAGAGCAGACCAAGUCCACUGGGAAGCCGUGACCACCUCCGCGCUGUGUUCUCUGAGCGCCAGGGACUGUGCCAAGGCCUCCAGGGAAGCCCUUCUUGCUGCCGCAGAGCUGCUGAAGUGGAAGACGCUCAAGCACCUGCUGCAGAGAGAGCGGCUGUGGGAGCUUGGAGCGUGCUUGCUUCAGAAGAGCAGGAGCAGGGCUGAAGACUUCAUCCACCAGAGCCUGCCCUACCUGCAGGACCCUCAGGCCAACGUGCGCCUGGCAGCCGUCAGGUUCAUCGGACUCAUCACACGGCGCCUGAGGGAGCAGACCACAGAGAGUCAGGCUGACAUCCUGAGCGCACUUCAGCCCUUGGAGAAUGACUGGGACAUCUCUGUCAGCUCCCUGGCAGCUCGGACAACCUCCAUUCUGAGGAGUCCUUGCGUGCAGCAAAGACCAAGAGGCCUCCUGCGAGCACUGCGCUGCUGCUGGCCGUGAGCCCGGCAGAGGUGCAGCUUGCCUUGGCUAAAGGACUGGGGCUGAAUAAAGCUGCAACAACGUGCCCAAA